AUGUAUAAAUCGGUGGUGUACAAGGGGGAUGUGGUGUUGGGUGAGGUUGAUUUAUACCCAGAAGAGAACAACAACAACUACUUGAAGCACAAGAACAUCGAUGUGAGAGAAAUCAGAAUAACUCACUUCUCGCAACCCAGUGAGAGGUGCCCACCACUUGCAGUGCUUCACACCGUCACAUCUUGCGGUGUUUGCUUCAAAAUGGAGUCAAAGAACUUGCAGACACAACAACAGGACGCGCUCUCACACUUGCACUCCUUGUGUAUAAAGGAGAAUAAGACUGCUGUGAUGCCACUAGGGGGAGGAGAAGAAAUACAUUUGGUUGCAAUGUAUUCGCGGCAUAACGACAGGCCAUGUUUUUGGGGAUUCAUUGUUGCCUCUGGACUCUAUGAUUCAUGCCUUGUGAUGUUAAACCUUAGAUGUUUGGGUAUAGUGUUUGAUCUGGAUGAAACACUUAUAGUAGCAAAUACAAUGCGUUCAUUUGAGGAUAGAAUUGAGGCACUCCAAAGGAAAAUAAACUCCGAGGUAGAUCUGCAACGAAUUUCAGGCAUGCAGGCUGAGGUCAAGCGCUACCUAGAUGACAAGAAUAUAUUAAAGCAAUACGUUGAAAAUGAUCAAGUUGUUGAUAAUGGGAAAGUAAUAAAAGUUCAAUCUGAGAUUGUUCCAGCAUUAUCUGACAGUCAUCUACCUAUAGUUCGACCUCUGAUACGGUUACCAGAAAAGAACAUUAUUCUUACACGAAUAAAUCCGCAGAUUCGUGAUACAAGUGUCCUUGUGAGGCUGAGACCUGCGUGGGAAGAUCUUCGUGGUUACCUGACAGCAAGAGGGCGCAAGCGUUUUGAGGUUUAUGUUUGCACAAUGGCUGAAAGGGAUUAUGCUCUAGAAAUGUGGAGACUUCUUGAUCCAGAUCUGAAUCUGAUAAAUUCUAAAGAACUAUUAGAUCGUAUUGUGUGUGUUAAAGCUGGUUUGAAAAAGUCAUUAUUCAACGUCUUCCAAGAUGGUUUUUGCCAUCCGAAGAUGGCAUUGGUCAUUGAUGAUCGCUUGAAAGUUUGGGAUGAGAAAGAUCAACCACGGGUGCAUGUUGUCCCUGCCUUUGCUCCAUACUAUGCCCCUCAAGCUGAAGCAAAUAACGCUGUACCUGUCUUGUGUGUUGCAAGAAAUGUAGCUUGCAAUGUUAGGGGUGGCUUCUUUAAGGACUUUGAUGACGGUCUUUUACAAAAGGUUCCUCAAAUUGCCUACGAAGAUGAUAUAAAAGAUAUACCUUCUGCUCCUGAUGUGAGCAAUUAUCUUGUUGCAGAGGAUGAUGCAUCUGCUCUUAAUGGAAACAGAGAUCCACUUUCAUUUGAUGGGAUGGCAGAUGCUGAGGUAGAAAGAAGAUUAAAGGAUGCAAUAUCUGCUGUGUCAGCCAUUCCGGCAAUAACUGCUAAUCUCGAUCCCAGGCUUACUACUUCUCUUCAGUACACAAUGGCAUCUUCUGGUUCAGGUCCGCUCCCAGCAGCACAAGCAUCUAUGAUGCAAUUUCCCAGUGUACAGUACCCUCAACAAGCAACACUAGUAAAGCCAAUGGUUCAAACUGCCCCUUCAGAACCAAGUUUGCAUGGUUCUCCUGCUAGAGAAGAAGGUGAAGUACCUGAAUCAGAAUUAGACCCAGACACAAGGCGUAGGCUUCUCAUAUUACAACAUGGACAAGAUACAAGGGAACACACACCUAGUGAGCCUUCUUUUCCCGUUAGACAGCCCGUGCAAGUUUCUGCCCCGCCACGUGUGCCACCACGUGGGGGAUGGUUUCCUGUAGAAGAGGAGAUUGGUCCCCAGCAGCUAAACAGGGUAGUACCUAGAGAAUUCCCUGUAGAUACCGAACCCUUGCGUAUUGAGAAGCACCGACCGCCUCAUCCGCCCUUUUUCCCUAAGGUUGAUAAUUCUGUUUCCCCCGAUAGAGUUCUCCAUGAGAGCCACCAAAGAUUGCCAAAGGAGAUGUAUCAUAGAGAUGAUCGCACAAGAUUAAGCCAAGCACCCUCUAGUUAUCAUUCUUUCUCCGGUGAUGAUAACUCCUUGAGUAGGUCAUCUUCCAGCCACAAGGAUCUUGAAUCUGAAAGUCAUUCUCCAUUGUCCGCGGAUACUCCAGUUGGUGUAUUGCAGGAAAUAGCACUGAAGUGUGGAACUAAGGUGGAAUUUAAGUCAUGUUUGGUUGCCAGCACAGAACUGCAGUUCUCCAUUGAGGCAUGGUUUUCUGGAAGAAAAGUUGGUGAAGGAUUUGGAAGAUCUAGAAAGGAAGCCCAGCAUAGAGCUGCUGAGCAUUCUAUUAAACAGUUGGCUGAUAUAUAUUUGUCUCGUGCUAAGGCUGAAACUGGUUCUACAUAUGGAGAUGUGAGUGGGUUUCAAGCAAAUGACAACGGUUAUGUGGGUAAUAUUAAUUCUAUUGGUAAUCAGCCAUUGUCUAAAGAAGAAUCCUUCUCAUUUUCAACUGCAUCAGAUCCAUCAAGGGUUCUAGAUCCAAGGUUGGAAGUUUCUAAGAGGUCAAUGGGUUCUGUCUCUGCCCUCAAAGAAUUGUGCAUGAUGGAGGGUCUUGGUGUCAGUUUUCAAUCUCCGCCUGCUCCAGUUUCAUUGAAUCCAAUUCAGAAAGAUGAAAUACAUGCCCAGGUCGAAAUAGAUGGCCAAGUGUUUGGUGAAGGGAUUGGAUUAACAUGGGAUGAGGCUAAAAUGCAGGCUGCCGAGAAGGCACUUGGAAGUCUAAGAACAAUGCUUGGUCAAAGCAUUCCGAAACGGCAGGGUUCUCCCAGGCCAGUGCAUGGUUUGCCAAAUAAACGUUUGAAGCAUGACUAUCCCCGGACUCUCCAACGAAUUCCUUCUUCUGCGAGAUUUCCCAGGAAUGCUCCUCCAGUUCCUUGAUAAGAGUGACAUGCUUUUCGUCUAACCUGUUGGUGUGGCCGUCGUUGGGGCAUGUAUAUGUUAAUGAUUCGACAUUUCUAUCAGACGGCUGCUGCCUAAGUGGAUGCUCUUGCCCUCGGUCUUUUUUUGUAACCGAGGCCAAAGCCAACAAGUAAAACACCCACUUUUUGUAUCAAUGUAAAGAUUCUCACUGAUCUUGGGUGAGAUGGAAGAUACUCCAAAGAUGUUUGUAAGAUAUGCACACGUCGAUCUACUACCAAGGCAAAACACAUUCAUAUUUGGCUUUUGUGUGUAUCUGGAAAUGCUGGGGCCAGUUCACAAGACCAAGACCAAGAUACAUGAGACAAGCCCCUGUCUUACAUCACAUGCAUUUCUGUGAUUUGUAUACUUGUUGGUGCAGCAUAUCAGAGUUUAGGCUUUAUUGGAAUUGAGAGCAUUGAUUCAGCAUUUAAUGGUACAAGCCAUUCGGUACAGUACAGGUCUCUGAUUAAUGGAGUAGGUUUUCACGAAUCUAACCGGUUAAUAGGUUUUUCAUCCAACUAAUUUUACCAUCAUCCACCUCUCUUGAAGAUACUGACAGAGUUUGAGGUUGGUGAAUUUGGAUUAGGACUUUAAGGGAGUGUUUCUAGUCCGUUUUAUUCUUUUUUCUUUUGUCCCGGGUGGGAGGUGGGGGAAAGAAAUCAAUCAAUCCAAAUAAUGGGAUUGAUUUUGAAUUGACUCGAUUGAUUGCUUUAUAUCUAAAAUUUUUGUAAAAUACAAAUUAAUAACUCGGAAAUUCAUGUACCACAAAAAAUUGCUUUAGAGGUUAUUAAAGUGAACUUAAAUUGUUUUAUGCCAAAAAAAAUGCUAUACAGUAUAAUCAACGUAA